AUGGCCGACAAGCAGCCUCAGGUUGACAUUGCCGGCGCCACAGCCGACGCACGGCCCUGCAGCCCAAUGCGCAUCGGCAUCGGCGUCUCAAAUCCUGCAGCGACCGACCGAUCGGCAUCCCGUGAAGAUGAAGUCGACAUUAGUGACUCUCCUGCGCCAACACCCGGAUUUUCGUCUAUCGCAAGUACUCCGGGCUUCGCAACUCCCGUCACGGGCGCCCAAACUCCCGACCCGCUGCUGGGCAAUACGAAAACACCCAUCUCGCGCAUCGCAACCUACGCCGGCAGCAUCGAGCUGAGCUCGGAUGUCGCACACCGCAAACCGUCUGCCACGCCUGCUCCUGCUCACGAUGCCACGGCCGACGAGGCGGCAUCGCCUGUCCAGAAACCGACCAAGCAGGGGAUCCCGCCGGAGCUGUCCAGUUUGACGGCGGAGCUGUUCCUGGUUGCGGUGUGUUCUGUGAGCUUGAUGCUUUUUUCGUUCUUGCUGGGCGAUAUGCUGGCCCCGCAGGAGCAGAUCAGGGAGGCCCUGGGCAUCACGAACUCGGAGCUGCCGUGGAUUGUGGGCGCCUUUAACACGGCGAAUGGUCUUUCUGUUGUGGUUUCUGGCUCGCUGGCUGACCUCGCGCCGCCAAAGGGUCUGAUGGUUGGUGCGUAUGCCUGGCUGGCGGCUUGGAACACUGUCGGUGCGUUCUCGCUCACGCACUCGAGGUAUGUCCUCUUCUUCAUCGUGAGGGCCAUGCAGGGUCUCGCGAUUGGGGUGUUGGUCUCCGGCAGUAUGAGUAUCCUGGGCCGCAUUUACAACCCUGGCAUGCGAAAGAACAGAGUCUUUUCGGCUAUUGCCGCGACUUCACCACUGGGAUACUCGCUCGGAGCCUUACAAGGUGGCGCACUGCAGGCGCAUCUUCCUUGGAUUUUUGGUACAAAUGCCAUUCUUUGCGCCCUCUGCGGCCUCAUCGCCUUCUUCAGCAUCCCAUCGCUCCGCCCCGCCGCAGACCAAGCCGGCGCUGAACCCCCAUCGCUGCGCGACUUCGACUACAUCGGCGCCGGCUGCGCUGCUGGCGGCUGUGUCUGCCUCCUCUUUGGCCUCACCCAGGGCCCCGUCGCCUCCUGGUCCCCAUACACCUACGUCCUCAUCAUCAUCGGCUUCCUCCUCCUCUUCGCCUUCUUCUUCUGGGAACGUAAAGCCGCCCGCCCACUCAUCCCUAACCGCCUCUGGCGCACCCCAGGCUUCACGGCUCUAAUGGUCGCCUACUUCCUAGGCUUCGGCUCCUUCUUCGGCGCGUGGCAGUUCUACGUCCUCCAGUUCUGGCUGCGUAUCCAGGGAGUUGCGCCCAUUACCGCUGCUAUCUAUUUCAUCCCCAACGCCCUCGUCGGGAUCUUCGCCGCCUGGCUCGUCUCCCGUACGGUCCAUAUCUUCCCGGGCCACUAUAUCUACACGGCUGCCAUGUUCGCCUUCACACUAGGCCCCGUCUUCUUCCUUCCCCAAACUCCCAACACAACAUACUGGGCUCUCUCCUUCCCCGGCGUUGUGCUGGUAACAUUCGGCCCGGACCUUGCCUUCGCGGCCGCAUCGAUCUUCAUCACGAGUAACGUGUCCCGGAGCUACCAGGGCAGUGCGGCCAGUUUACUCGUGACGAACCAGAACCUGUCGAGUGCGAUCAUGACCAGUGUGGCUGAUGCGAUUGGCACGAAGAUCGACCGCGAUCCGUCUGGGAGUAUUGGGCUCACGGGGCUCAGGGAUAUCUGGUGGUUUGCGUUUGCGGUGCAGCUGCUCGCGGCAUUUGUGGUUGUGGUUUGGGUGAGGAUUCCCAAGGAGGUUGAGAAGGAGCAUGUUUCUUGA